UCACUGACCUGAAAACUAGAUAAAACAUCCAGGCUACACAUGGCCAUUAGGCAGAACUAUCUCAUGGUAGUUUCCAACAAGAUAAGAGAAAUCAGGUUGCUUUUGGCCUGUAAGUUAAAAGUUACCCACUUAGUUGUUUAUUUUCAGCCUGCUUAAAUCUCAGUACGCGCGGCCUCUUCUCUUUCCAGAAAGACCCCUCCAUUCCCAAUUAAGGGAAUUAGAGCAUUAAAUUCACCCAAGCCCACCUGUAACGAGGUUUCCAUCUUUGCCAUCAGCUGAGCUCAAGUAGAGCAGAGCGAUGGGACUCCAGACCUGUCAGUGCAAAGGCAGUUCAAGAAAUGGCCCAAACAAAACAUUACUGGCAUUUGUUCUAUAAAUCUUGUGGCAACCUAAGUUGCAUUAAAGAACAGCAGGUGACAUGCAGAAGUAGCCACUGUUGUUCUCCCAUUAAUAGGCUAAUAGCAUCUUAGACUCUGUAUCUUGCUUUUCCUCUUGUAUUCCUGGUAAAUCUCAGGUCUGUAGCUCAUCUCUACAUGCUGUUCUGCAAUUAUCUGGUAACAGGCAAGAAGAAAAAAGAUCUAUCAGGGAAGGCAUCAGAGCCAGCUGAGAACGACCAAGUACCUGCACCAAGAGAAGUGGCAGUGAUUGAGGACUCCCCCUGUGCAGGAUACAGGUGUGUGGAAGUCUUUUACAUUUACUUCCGCGCUGGCAGAGUUGAAGAGCCUUAUGUCAGCAUCACAAAGAAGAGGCAAAUGCCCAAGGAUGGGUACUCAGAAGAAAUUGAGAAAGAAGUGGGACAGGCUGAAGGCAAGCUGUGUACACACAGGUCUGCAUUCAGCAGGGCAUCUGUGAUCCAGGCAUUCCUUGGCUCAGCACCCCAGCUCACACUCCAGCUCUACAUCUGUGUCCUUCAGCAGGAGAUCACAGCUGCUAGAAGUAUUUUUAUGGUCCUUUCUCUCCUGUCAAUUGUAUAUGGCGCCUUACGCUGCAACAUCCUGGCUAUUAAGAUUAAGUAUGAUGACUAUGAUGUGAGCGUGAAACCGGCUGCCUACCUCUGCAUAUUCAUGUGGAGAAGCUUUGAGAUUGCCACACGAGUUACAGUGUUGGUCCUUUUCAGUUCUGUCCUUCAAAUCUGGACUCUCCCUGUUGUGCUGGUGAAUUUCUUUGGUUUUUUCUUCUACCCGUGGAUUCUCUUCUGGCAAAGCAAGUCCCCGUUUCCUGAGAACAUAGAGAAGGCAUUGAGCAGGGUUGGCACUACCAUCGUCUUAUGCCUUCUCACCUUCUUGUAUGCUGGCAUUAACAUGUUCUGCUGGUCAGCAGUGCAGGUGAAGCUCAAUGAUCCUGACUUAAUUAACAAGUCCCAAAAUUGGUACCGUCUGACUGUGUAUUACAUGCUGCGAUUCAUUGAGAAUGCAUUCCUCCUGCUGAUGUGGUACAUCUAUAAAACUGAUAUCUACCUGUAUGUCUGUGCCCCGUUAUUGGUUUUGCAGCUCCUGAUAGGUUACUGUAUGGCUGUCCUCUUUAUGUUGGUUUUCUACCAGUUCUGCCACCCGUGUAAAAAACUUUUCUCAUCCAGCAUCUCUGAAGGUUUGCUGUCCUGUUUCAAGUUUCUCUGCUUUAUUUGCAAGCCUCCCAAACUCACCGUACUGACAAACAAGGCAGAGGUGAAAUCUCCUGAAAAUACUGAUGAAGCAUGGAGCAGUAGCAAGACAAUAGAUUCUCAAAAGGGGAAUCCUCAUCAAAGUGUUUCUUCCAAUGCCUAGUACAACUGGAAGCAAGUAGGUGCCUUUGGAAGGUGGCAGAUCACCUGCUGGGAAUGUUGUGCAUCUUGGACAUUGUGUCUUGUGGAUGGGAUUUCUCUCUUGCAGGUGUAGCACUGCAUGACAACUGACAAGCCUAACUUUAUGGAAAACUUAGUGUAUAAGUAUGUGUAUCUCUGUGUGUUUGUGUACGGAGAGCAGUUAUUGUUUGUAGACUAUUCUUCCAGAGUGUUUUGCACAGAGGUUUAUGAUCACAUGCAUAUUUUGGAAACAUUAUAGGAGACAUCCUUUAGAAACUGGCCUGGUGCUCAUCUUACUCAGGAAAGCUGAGGAUGGAAGGAAAUGCAUUUUUUUCAGAUAGGAUGUCAUUAUGGCAUGCCACCCUAGCAUGGAAACAGCAUAAACCUUGACUAUGUAUUUACUGUAGCUGUGGUCUGCUUUGAUCAGAUUGCAGGCUUUUUUACACUCUAAUGAGUGUAAUAAGGUAAUACUUUUCUCUGUGUUAUAAGAAUCUGACUUGUAUAAUGCACUGUAGCGUAGGUUGCCAAGAAACAGCCAAUUAGCUAGCACUAAUACUGAAAUGUGACCAUUACUAAGAGCAGAUCAGGCAGCGGGAGGAGGCUUUGCACUAGUUUACCCUUCAUAUUUGUGGCUUGUUAGCAAGGGAAUUAAAUUUAACACAUUAAUUGCGAUGUUCUGGGGUAGCUCAUUUUUUGAAUGUAACAAUUUAUCUAAUACUUUGUGAUGUUCUAGUGUUAGGAUGGUGUUCACUUUAUAUAACUUCAGCUGUCUAGAAGCUGGGCAGAUAGUGUGAACUAGUCAUGUAGGUGCUUUCCAGAGCACAUCUCCAGGGAGUAAUUCAACCCGUCUUAAAAUGUCUUCUAAGACAUGUGGUAUAAAUCAUUCUGUGGAGAUCUAUGACUCAGUGUUAAACAGAAGUCUCGACAAUUAGUUUUGACUAUCAGUCUGCCUUUUAGAUGGCUGAAAUUAAGAGAUGACCACUAGCCAGAUUGUGAGGGGUUUGGUAGUACACCAAGCAGGCAACUCAGUGACUUGUUAUGUCGAGGUAGAAGGCACUGAGUCCUCCUUUUUAGUUCACUGUCUGCAAUUCAAAAUCCUUUGAUGACUUUAUCUCCGAAGUAUCACAGGCUUGAAAUCUGAAAGAGGAAAUGGAAGUUGUUGACUUUUUCUUCUAUGCACUAUAUUACCACAAAUAGAUGUUUCUGUAUUUUGCAAGUUGCUGAGAAAGCUUUAGCAGAAGAACUCCUAAGAAUGUAGUGGAAAUACACAAAUCCAACCGUAUUUUCGAAAAUUAAGUGAAAACCUUUUGCACUUUGCUUGCUUUGCACCUUGCAUUUCUCUUGCGUUUUACACAUGGCUGCUAGUAGAAAUGAAUAAUGAAAAGCAUCUCCUAGUAUCCUGAGUUUAGCCUCCAUCUUAUUGUCGUGGAGGACUUGAAGUUCUUCAGUAGGGAUGACAUCAGUAUCAUUGUAUUAGAAGUGUCUCAAGUUUGGGUCUGAAGUAAUUUAUAAUGAAAUAUGUCACAUGCAGUGCUGCAAAGAGCUAAGCUGUUUUUAUUCUUUUUUUUUUUAUUGCACUGUAAAUGAAUAUCUUCAUACUUCAGUUUUAUAAUGGAGUUAGGGUUUAUAUUUUGUUUAAUGUAUGUCUGUGUGUGGUAUGUAUAUGUAGAACUCAUUAAAUUAUUGGUGGGUGGUAAUGGGAAUUUUUGGCCUGAACUUGCCAUGGAAAUGUACCUCACGUAUCUGGGGAAGACACUUAACAGUUCUAAUUUCUCUCUGUGAGGAGCAUAGUGAAGUGACUUCUUGAAGACACUACAGUAUUUCUCUGUACUUCUGUAUGUAGAAAUACAGUAUUUCUCAGUACUUUUCUAGAUGUAGAAGAGUAUUUCAGAUUAUUUUCAGUACUGAGUUAAAGGAGCAAGUGAGAAUGUAACCCUUGCUUCUAAACCUGCAGAGUUAACACACAGGGCCAAAUUUUCAGGUGUUCUUAGAUAAAACUGAGUAUCUGAAUUUACAGUUGGAUACUCAUCAGUAAUCAGGGAAUUAUGGUUAUUGCCUGUCUAUGGAUGUACCUAGGUCUGAAAUGUUAGUCUUUAAAAAAAAUUGUGGCUUCAUGUGUGGGAGUACUUCAUAUCUAAAGAGAGCGCUCUCAAAUGCUUAAAGCAGACUUUGGACACUCAAGUGAUGGUGCAGUUGUGAUUUUGCCAUUUGGAAACAGUAGAAGCUUCACAAACCUCAACCAGUGAAAAGCUUGAGCUACAGUGAAGUCAACAGCAGAAGAGUUACACAGACAAGUCCAGUGUGUAAGCAUAGUGAAUACCAUUUAACUUAACAUACCAAUGAUGAAGGCUGCUGUAUAUGCAUAUUUUUAAGGUGUGCCAUAGUACUUCCUAUUUUUAUACCACUCUACUGAAGCGCAUGCAUAGAAAAUUGGAUAUUUAAAUCCCUGCUGUGAGAGCUAAAUUUAAAAAAAGGGAAGAUUUGUAUGGGUUAUAUUACCAUUACAUGGGUUUACCUUAGUUGUGCAGACUAACCAAAUACAUUUUAAACACUCCGUCAACUUGAGGGCUUUUGUGAUGCCUCAUGUCACCGCAGCAUGGAGUGCAGAUUAACUAACAAUAUUGCUGUUCUAUAUAUGUUUUGAUCUAGCUGUGCUGCCAUUGCUGGUAGAAAGAAGGUUUGAGAGGGAAUCAUAGAGAGAAAGAUAUUCUGUUAAUACCAGUGUUGUAAAGGACAAGCUUAUUUUUCUAAAGUGUGCUUUAAUGCUAGCAGAAGCAGUUUUUCUCAGGAUAAUGACAGUCUAGACACUGUUGUUAUCAGUACACCCAGUGGCUGCACUGAGAGGGCAGUACUAGCUACAAAAGGUGUACAUGUAUGAAUGAGUGAUCUCUUGUGGCAAGUUUACUGUGAUUUUAUUCUACUCUAUCAAUGUUGGAGGUGUAUGUGUUCAAUGGAAGGCUAUAGGGCUACUGUUAAAACCCUCACUGACCUGAGUAGUCCUGAGUCACACAAAGGAUUGCUCAGUAAAGAUUGUUUAUGUGUAUAAGGGUAUGCAAGAUCUGAUACAUAGGGUUUUUUUUAUACGUGUAAAACAACACAAAUUAAA